CUUUUUUUUUGAACCGGAUCACAUCGAUGUUCUAACUGAUCCAACAACACAACCGACAACAUGCCUCAGAACGAGUACAUUGAGCGCUUCCAAAAGCAACAUGGUCGACGUCUCGAUCACGAGGAGCGCGUACGCAAGCGGGCUGCGCGAGAGGGUCACCGCGCUUCGGACAAUGCACAGAACUUGCGUGGUCUAAGAGCCAAGCUGUACCAGCAGAAGCGUCACAAGGAGAAGAUCCAGAUGAAGAAAGCGAUCCGACAACAGGAAGAGAAGAAUGUCAAAUCCUCAGAACCUGCCCAGCCUUCGAGCACCCCUCUCCCCAGCUAUUUGCUUGACAGGAGCAACACCACAAAUGCCAAAGCUCUCAGUUCCGCUAUCAAAAACAAGCGUGCCGAGAAGGCAGCAAAGUUCAGUGUACCGCUCCCGAAAGUGCGUGGCAUCAGCGAGGAGGAGAUGUUCAAGGUUGUCAAGACGGGUAAGAAGACCGCAAAGAAGAGCUGGAAGCGUAUGAUCACAAAGCCUACUUUUGUCGGUCCGGAAUUCACUCGACGACCCGUCAAAUACGAGCGCUUCAUUCGACCCAUGGGUCUCCGAUACAAGAAGGCGAACGUCACCCACCCUGAACUUGGUGUGACAGUACAACUCCCGAUCAUCAGCGUCAAAAAGAACCCCCAGAAUCCGAUGUACACCCAGCUCGGUGUGUUGACGAAGGGUACCAUCAUCGAAGUGAACGUCAGCGAGCUUGGUCUCGUCACGGCCGGUGGAAAAGUUGUUUGGGGACGUUGGGCGCAGAUCACCAACAACUGCGAAAUGGACGGAUGUGUCAACGCUGUCCUUCUUGUUUAAGAUGCAAGCGAAAUCUCAGGCAACCUGUAAUCGCUAUUCAGAUUUGUGGGCUUGCGACAAGCCGACCAUCACGGUAGGAUUGGUCACUCUUCGCAAUCACCGAGUCCGUUCAUUGCGCCAUCUCGAGAGGAUGA